AUAUUGCUCGUGCACGUAACACUCAUGCCAAACAGAUAACAACGAUAAAUAAUCCAUUGGAGCAGUGAAAGCUUCCACUGGAAUCUGAAUUUCUGCAUAAACAAAAUAAUACGACAAUUAUUGUAAAUUGUUAAGUGGAAUAAUAAAAUAUCGACGAAAUGUCCCAACCAGACGAGAAUUCUUGGCGUACCCAGGCAUUUCGACAGAGUGUCGUUGCCAAAAUUGAAGAGGCUAUAAAAAAUUCGGGAACACCAACCUCCAAGAACAGUAUCGAAAUGGAAAGUCAUGUUUUUCAAAAAGCCAAGAACAAGGAGGACUACCUGGGGUUCGUGGCUAGACUGAUUCUCCAUGUUCGAGAGAUGAAUGCCAAGAAAGUACCAGGAAUGCCUCCAGGUGCUGGAGGUGGGGGUCAGGGUAUGCCAGACCCCAUGAGUGCACUGCAAACACUGGCUAGACAGGGGACUGGCAAUGCUCAGGUUAUGGGGAUGCAGGGGGGACCCAAUCCACAGGGAAUGGUGCAGCAGCAACCGGGGAACACAGCAGCUAACCUUCUGCAGUCAUUGAAUCAACGUCCAGGGCCAGGAAUGGUAAUGCAGAACAUGCAGAAUAAAAUGCCAGGCAUGGGAAUGAUGCCUGGCCAGCCUGGUGGGCCAAUGGGCCACAUGGCAGCGAUGCAGGGGAUGCAGGGUGGACCAAUGAUGUCGCAGAUGAACCAAAUGGCCCAGGGUAACAUGCCCCAGAUGAAUCAGAUGGGGCCCGGUCAGAUGGGCCAGAUGCCUGGUCAGAUGCAGCAGAAUAUGCAGAACCCCAUGCAGAGUCAAAUGCAGAAUCCCAUGCAGGGACAGCUGCAGGGACAAUUACAGGGCCAACUGCAGGGACAGAUGCCCAAUCAGAUGCAAGCACAGUUGGCUGGACAAAUGGGGCCUAUGGGACCUGGCAUGCAGGGUGGACCCCAGCCCAUGGGGCAGAUGGGACCCGGUCAGAUGCCACCGCAGAUGGGGCACAUGCAGCGCAAACCAGAGAUGAUGAAUACUGGCUUUACUGGGCCACGAAAUGUAACGCCAAAUCAAUUUUUGAGACAGAGUCCGUCACCAUCAGCGCCGAGUCCGGCUAGUCUUGGCGCACCCACCAGCAAUCAGAUGGUGGCAUCACCUGCUCUCGUACCUUCACCUAGUCCUCAGCAUCCCAUGAUGGGACAACAACGGUCUGUGGGAAUGGCUCCAUCUCCAAGCAGUUCCCUAAACACCCCAGGUGGAGCAGUCGCAAGUCCCCAGGAAGAGGCUGCAUAUCGUGAAAAAAUUCGACAAUUGAGUAAAUACGUGGACCCCCUGAGAAGAAUGAUCACGAAAAUGGGUAAUGAGGGGAAUGUCGACAAGUUGAGUAAAAUGAAGAAGCUCUUGGAGAUUCUGUCAACCCCCUCGAGGCGAGUGCCACUUGAGACGAUCAUCAAGUGUGAGGCUGUGCUGGAGAAGAUGGAUCUUAAGAGGUCGGAGAAUAGUGUUGGACCAGUGGGUACAUCGAUGAAGGAGCAUCACUUCUUCAGUCCACUCUUGGAGGCUGUUAGCACGCAUUUGCAGAGCCCAGUGGUCAAUCACACGCUGCAGAGGACUUUUGGGCCGUGUUUGGAGGCUCUCUUUGGUCCAGAGAUAAAGGGUUUACCACCUCCAUUAAAAAGACAACGAGUAGAAGAACCAGCGAGUGAAAUUCCUGAUGUCCUCCAAGGUGAAAUAGCUCGUCUAGAUCAGAGAUUCAAAGUCAGCCUUGAUCCAGCCCAACAGACAGGCUCGAAGUGCAUUCAAUUGAUCUGUUGGCUGGACGAUCGCCAUCUCCCCUGUGUACCACCAGUCUCAGUGACAGUGCCAUCAGACUAUCCACUGACACCACCACGAUGUGUGAUGGCACCUCACGAAUACGCGACAGCCUUUCUUUGCGCUGUUCAGAAGGCCCUCAAUGCGAGAAUAACAAAAUUACCGAAACGAUUUUCGGUCUCGCAAUUGUUGGACACAUGGGAGAUGAGCGUUCGCCAAGCCAGUGCACCCACUCAGACGCCUGCCAGUGGUGCCACUGUACUCAUGGGGCUCUAGUUCAAUUGAAUCAAGAGGAAUUCGGACAGCGAAUUCGUCUUUAGUUAUUUUUAUGACGUACCUAUAUUUAUUACGAGUAAUUCAUUGGACUGAGGGAUCAAUUCUAGAAUCAAUGAAUUUUUAAUGAAUUUAUUGAUGGAGGAAUUUUUUAUUCAGGGGAUGUUUGUGCUCAACAAAAAUUAUAUCUUUGAAUAUGAAGAAUUUAGGGAGAGGUCCAUCCCGGGAAAGAAACCUUUUCGUUUUUCGAGGAUAAAUUUUUUUGAAAGUAUUAUGAAUGAACUCCAGUUGAGUCGUUGAGUGUAACGGGUAAAAAUAGAUUCAAGAAGAAAAAAAAAUUAUUUAAGGUGAUAAUUUUUCCCAUGAAUUAUAAAUUUGAUGAGUGUAUGCCAUCGAUCCGUCAAAUUCUUUUUUCAAUUAUUUGUUUGAACAAUAUAUUGAGCAAAGAAUUUUUAUUUAUUUUUUAUGGCUUCGAGAUUUCUUUUCUAGAUUUUUAUUUUCUCCCUAAUCUCGAAAAGUUAAUUUGCUCAUAAAACUCUGUGUUAUUUUUGCACUUCUAGAUUAAUUAUUAUCAAUAAUACUAGACUGCCAAUUGAGGACGAACUGAACCAAAAUGUUUAAAUUUACAUUUUUCAUCACAUCUUUCAUUUAGAAUUUAUUACAAAUUUUAAUCCUCAAAUUUCAAGUUAUUUUCAUAUUACUAAGUACUAUUUUUUUUUUAAACCCAACGUAUAAGUUUUUGAAAUAGUUUUCUGAAUAUGAUUACCAUUUAUCGCUUCUUAAUUAUAAAAAAUGAGUCAACUUUAUUUUCAACAAUUUUUAAUCUGUCGACUUUUGCAUGAAUAUCGAUUAGAAUGAGUGCAUUUUCACAAAAAGAAUGGAAAAUGAGUCAGAAUAGUACAAAAAAGCAACUAUUUGAAUACCCUCUCAACUACAGAGUAACAAAAGCUUAUGUAAAUGCAUGGAGGACCAUUAAAUACAGCGUUAGCAUUUAUGAAUGAAGCCUAUACAGAAUAUUUAAAUGAGAUAAUUUUCAUAAACGAAGAACUUUUAAAAUGCAUCUUCUCCCCCAUUUUUCAUAAUUAAGGAAGGAAAAUUAGUGAUCAUAUUUUUAAAAACUUUCAAAACCGUUGGAGAAUCUUGUAUGCUGAAUUUUCAGUCAGAAAAUAAUCAAAUCUAUAAUUUUGAGCGGCUGGAGACAAUUUUGACCUGCAUAAUCGGAUUCCUGAGGCAGAAUCAUGUAAAUGACAGUUUUUUUUAGAAAAUUCCUCAAAAAAACGAAAAAAAAAAUUUUUCCCGGGCUGGAUUUUUCCUUAAUAAUGUAUUUGAUGUUUGUGAACGUCGUAAUUGUAUCGAUAUUAAUCCAAGAAGUUGUGAAGUGGUAGAGCGAAGUCAUAAUUACGAAAAUAUACAAGAACUCAAGUGGGACAGCAGUAUUUUCACAAGAAAUUUGUUAUUGUGGAGAAAAAUUCAAGCUACGAAGGAGAUUUCCAUGAAAUUUUGCCUCUUAGCCUCUAUUUUCUUUCCAAAAAUUGAUUUUUGGGAGAAAUUGGUUUGCUACUUCACUUCCGAAAUCAUUACCAUUAUUUUUUAUAAUUCAAUGAGAGGAAAAUUUAUAUUUUUUCAACGGUGAUAUCGAAUUCUUUGAUUUAUUGAAAUUGUGCGUGUUUCUAUAUUGAUACAUUUUUGUAUCGAAUAUCAAUUCUGAACUUAUUUUGAGAAUUGUUAAUUGAGAAAUUUAAGUGAUCCUAUUUUUCAGGGGAAUUUUCACUAUUUCUAUCAUGUAAUAAUUUAGUAUUCAGAAAUUAUUCCUAUUUUUAUGGAUGUAUCAUAUUAUUUAGUAUGUAUUUAUGGAUAAUUGCGAAUGUAUUUUGGUUUUUAAGUAAUGCAAUGGUCAAUGCAAAUUAUUUCUUGUAUUACUAUUGAUUUUUUUUCGAUUGAAGUAAUUUUUAUGAGGGGCAAUAGGAAUGGAUUGAACAAAAUUGGCGUUAAUUUUACGAUCUCUUUUUAUUCUUAAAACAUAAAAUAAAAUUGUAAUCAGAUUCGUCAGUUUCAUUGAAAUCAUUUGAUACAUAAUUAUAUGGCAAUUUUCAACAUUUUGACUUUUUCUAUUAAAUGCGGAAUAAAAAUUAUAUAAAAAAUUACUGUACAGUCUGGGCAAUCGAAAAGCGAAAAUGUAACCCAGGGAUUUUUGCUUGCUAUCAAAAAAGAAAUGUGAGGCAAAGGAUAAAUUUUACAUUCGCAAAUGUAAUUUUUCACGAAUGAACAAUUAAAUUUGUGGGGUUUAUUGCGGGAAAAAGUAUAAAGAACACAUCAAUUUUUUUUAAAAAUUUUAAAUUUGUAAAACAAUAAUUGAACAUUUAAAAAAGUCUUUCUGCUAUGAAAUAGUAAAUUUAGUUAUUCAUUAUAAUUUUUUCUAUUAAAUAUUUCCAAAGAAAAAUCCAUAUUUGUGUCAAACUCAAAAAAACGUUUUUUUUUCACUCUCAUUAGUAUCAUUUAAUAGAUGUCAAUUUUUUAAAGUUUGAAUUCUUCUAUUGGACGCAGCACAGAAAUUACACAAAAAAUGACUGUCAAUCUCGAUAAUCCGAAGGUGAAAUUGUACCCCAGGAAUUUUUAUUUAGCGUAACAAAAUGUGACGCAAAGAAUAAAUUUCUCCUUUUGAAA